GUGUCAAAGGGGCCAGAAGAGAGGACUAUUGACAAAACCAAUCAAAGAAGAAAACCAGUGUCAUUCGUUCUUUCAUUCAUUCGUUCAUUCUUUUCCUUCACUCAAAUUCACGAUAUGAAUCUCCGAUUCCGGCAAAGCUAGGCGAAGCCUUUAAGCUCCGAACAAGUGUCAUGGCGGCGUUAAGAUCGGGCGGCCGGAAGCUCUCGUUCGAGAUUCUGAGCAGGAACAGCUCCCCCGAAGAAGAAGAAGCCGGACUCUUCUACCGAUCCAACUCAGAUCCAAUCCGAUCGAGCCACGACGCCACCGACGAUCACAAGCCGGCCGCCGCGCGAAGAAAACGCAAGAAGAAGAAGAGGACCGUCGCGAACUGCUCCAUACCGGAGAGCCCGACCGCCGCGGAGGACGACGCCGUUAAGAACGACGUGACUAACGGAUUGGAAUUCAAUUAUAGCCAGACGGUGCUGUGCUCCGUCACGACGGAGGUCGUCAGCGACCCGGAGUUUCAGAAUAAUUUUGGCGCGCCCGAAUUGAGGCAGAGGACUGUCAAUGCCGGCGCCGGAGGAGGAGUUGUGGGCGAAACGACGCCUUCCGGUGCUUUAGAAGGUGAGGCCAAUGCAAAGGAGGAGAGUGGCGUCGAGGCCGCGGCGGCUCCGGUGGCCAAGCUGAACGGCAGUGUGGUUCCGAAAUUGCAGAGCGCCAAGUCGUUAGAUUGGCAACGGGUCAUGGCCGAAGAUCCGAAUUAUAUGUUUUCAGUGGACAAGUCUCCACUGAAGUACUUCAUGGAAGAAAUGUCUAAUGGGAAUUCAUUAAGGAGCACAACAACCCUUGGAAAUGAGAAAGAAAGAGAGAGGGUUUAUGAUACUAUCUUUCGCUUACCUUGGAGAUGUGAAUUGCUGAUAGAUGUUGGCUUUUUCGUGUGUCUUGAUUCGUUUCUCUCGCUGUUGACUAUCAUGCCAACAAGAAUUUUGAUGACCCUUUGGAGGCUUGUGCAAACAAGGCAGUUUAAGAGGCCAUCUGCAGCAGAGCUGUCUGAUUUUGGGUGUUUUACGAUAAUGGCUUGUGGUGUCAUUCUUUUGGAGCAAACAGAUAUCAGCUUAAUAUAUCACAUGAUUCGUGGUCAAGGAACAAUCAAAUUGUAUGUGGUGUACAAUGUCUUGGAGAUAUUUGACAAACUAUGUCAAAGUUUUAAUGGAGAUGUAUUGCAAACUCUAUUUAACUCGGCAGACGGACUUGCUAGCUGUCCAACAGAAAACAUGAGAUUCUGGAUUUGGAGAUUUACUUGUGACCAAGCUUUAGCCGUGACUGCCUCAAUUAUUCAUUCGUUUAUCCUCUUAGCUCAGGCGAUUACUUUGUCAACCUGCAUUGUUGCUCACAAUAAUGCCUUGUUUGCUUUGCUGGUGUCCAAUAACUUUGCCGAGAUAAAAAGCAACGUGUUCAAGCGAUAUAGUAAGGAAAACAUUCAUAGCCUGGUAUACUUUGAUUCAGUGGAGAGAUUCCACAUUUCUGCAUUUAUUAUAUUCAUCCUAGCUCAAAACAUUCUGGAGGCUGAGGGUCCCUGGUUUGAAAGUUUUCUUUUUAACGCUGGUGUGGUUUUCGUCUGUGAAAUGAUUAUUGAUAUCGUAAAGCACUCGUUCAUUGCUAAGUUCAAUGACAUAAAGCCCAUUGCAUACUCUGAGUUUCUUGAAGACCUAUGUAAGCAGACUUUAAAUAUACAACCAGAGACUGCAAAGAAAAAUCUCACAUUUAUUCCCCUAGCACCGGCCUGUGUGGUCAUCCGAGUGCUUACUCCAGUAUAUGCCGCGCACCUUCCAUGCAGUCCCUUACCAUGGAAACUCUUUUGGAUUCUUGUCCUCUUUGCAAUGAACUAUGUUAUGCUGACAAGCCUCAAGGUGUUGAUAGGCAUGGGCCUCCAGAAACAUGCCAGUUGGUACGUUAAUAGGUGCAGAAAGAGGAAACAUCAUCUACAUUAUGAUUAAUUUCAAAGAAGGGAAGCACAUUUCUUUUACACAUACCAGGUUCAGCUUUGCUCGCAGCCGAAGAAUUCUGCUCAAGGAACCUCAACCAACAAGUUGAAAAUUGAGGUGCUGAAAUUAUGAGUUAGACCAACAGAGGGGUGCCGUGCAUAGAUAGCGUUUAGGACAGCAUAAGCUAGAGAAACGCAUUUUCUAGUAUCUCAUUUUGGCUAAAACAUGAUGUGGUCUUAUAGUUUAAUUAUCCAAUUUUGAUACAAAAAGGGUUACCUGAUAAUUCAGAACUCCAAUGUGUAUAACAAAUGUAGUUUCAUUAUGCUU